CGACGUUCCGCGAUACCGCGAGUCGCUCUCCGUUAUCAACGUUAUCGGCAUGCCGGUAAUGAGGCGUGACAGCCCGAUAUAACAUUUGUUGCAUUUACAUAUGUGAAUUUGGACGCGUCAAAGGACAUUCGUGAUGGAUAGCGCGAUGAAGGAGCGAUAAUGAGUCACUUGUCUGGAUAAAGCAAUCGGGGAAAGAUAUUUUAAGUAUUCGUGAUCGAUUUCGUUAUAACGAGAAGAUUGGACAAAAACGAAAUAAAGCCGUAUUAAUGAAAGAGGGAGGACCGUUUUGAUUCGUCUUCUAACGAUAUCGUUCGAUUCAAUCAAUCUCAUUAAUAUUAUUAAUAUUGAUCAUGGAAUCGGAACGAACGCAAAUGUCUGAAAAAAUGGGGAAAGCUUCCGGCGAUUACAUAAAGACCAUUGAAGGCGGUAUGCAACCGAUGCAGGAUUUGUUACAGAGCCUGGAGAUUAAAAUUUACAAAAAAAGAUGGCUGAUGCUUAUCCUCUUCGUACUGUACAGUGCGAGCAACGCCAUGCAGUGGAUCCAAUAUAGUAUUAUAGCGAACAUUGUAAUGCGCUACUACAAUGUUUCAAGUUUCCUGAUAGACAUGACAAGCAUGAUAUAUAUGAUAACAUACAUACCAUUAAUAUUUCCUGCUAGUUAUCUGCUGGAUAAGUUCGGUCUUAGAUAUGCCGUGAUCUUCGGGGCGCUCGGAACCGCUUUCGGUUCCUGGAUAAAGGUAUUCAGCAUAGCUACCGAUCGCUUCUGGAUUACGUUCCUCGGCCAAAGUCUGGUGGCAGUCAGUCAAACCUUCGUUCUGUCAGUUCCAGCCCGAUUGGCUGCUGUUUGGUUCGGACCUGAUCAAGUUAGCAGUGCCUGUAGCAUCGGUGUCUUCGGCAAUCAACUGGGUAUCGCUAUCGGUUUUUUAUUUCCACCGAUGUUAGUGCCCAACAGCGACAAUAUCUGCAACAUUGAAAGGGGAUUGCGACUUAUGUUCUAUAUCGUCGCGGCUUUCACAACGUUUGUGCUAGCCCUCAUAUUAUUCUUCUUCAAGUCGGCACCGCCUUUACCACCUAGUCCUGCUCAAGCUGUGCAAAGAGAGAACACCGAGAAGGAGUCGUUUUUUUGUUCUAUCAAGAGGUUGCUCAGCAAUAUCGGUUACGUGUUGCUUUUAUUCAGCUACGGCAUCAAUAUCGCUGUCCUUUACGCCAUAAGCACCCUCUUGAAUCAAAUUAUUCUCAAAUAUUUCCCGGGACAUGAAGAGGACGCCGGUCGUAUCGGCUUAACGAUAGUUUGCACCGGAAUGUUGAGCUCCGUUAUGUGCGGCGUUAUAUUGGAUAAAACCCACAAGUUCAAAGAGACUACGCUAGCAGUCUACCUAUGUUGUUUCUUGGGAAUGAUAAUCUUUACUUUGACACUGGACAGCAAAGGGAUAUAUGUUGUCUACAUCACGGCCGGCGUCUUGGGCUUCUUCAUUACCGGUUAUCUGCCGGUUGGUUUUGAGUUCGCCGCUGAACUUACGUAUCCGGAACCGGAAGGAACGGCGGCGGGUUUGUUGAACGCAGUGGUGCAGGUCUUCGGCAUCACCUUCACGACGCUCUACGGUUUUUUGUUCAAAGAAUUUGGCGACUUAUGGGCAAACGUCGCGAUGUGCAUUGGCCUCGGGAUCGGCACUUUGCUCACGAUCAUGAUACCCAACGAUUUGAGACGCCAGAACGCGAAGGUUUGACAAUCUAAACGGCAGUCAGUCGUAACGGGCAGUGACGGGCUUCCACAGCUCGGUUACGAGUGAUCUCCGCCUUGACAAUUCUCCCCGCGACACGUCGUCAUAGUCCAUUUGGGACUUAAUUUAUUCUUCACACGAGUACACUAUAUGCGCCAAGAGUAGCGCUGUUUCUCUGAAUCAUGUGUACCUAUCGAGAAAAGAUGUAUCUUUUCCGAAACUAGAAGUUCUGAAAAUAGGAGUUCUGAAAAAGACUAGUUGGAGAUACUAGAAUAUGAAAAAUAUAAUUAUUUUUCAUAUAAGAUUCUCAAAUUUUUAUUUUAAUAUUUACACAAAUAUUUGAUUUAGCGCUUAGUGUCUAAGUGCUUGAAAAUUAGAAAGCUAGAAAGCUGUGUUUUAGAAAUAAUGGUCCAAUUUCGUGUGAAGAAAUUUAAUAGCCAGAUUUGCCAAAUCCAAAAAGAAAAAAAAAAUAAAUAUAUAUUUUUGUCUUCACGCUAUACAUUCUUAGAUAUAAUGGAAACACAAAGUGUUCUAUUGGUCGUACAAAUGACAAUGAAAAACAAAAAUUGUUGGAAAACUCCUCUCGAUCCUGUUGUUCGCUGGUCUUCUUUAACUCAGGUAAGUUGUAGUAUUUAGAUAGCGUUAUGCAGCAAUGAAAUAAUUAUGCCAAAAAUUGGUGAAUUAAUUUUACGAAUUAUUAAUUAUAAAAGUUUAAGGAAAAAGUUUUAGGAAUUUAUGCAUUAUAAAAUCGUGUAUUCUCGUACAUCUAUAACAAUGAAUUUUACAUUGAAUUUUUGUCUCUUUACAUUUUCUUCAAUUUCUAUGUCUUCCUAUUAAUUUAUUUUAAUAUUGAUGAGUAAGAUGAUUGAUGAUAAGAAGAAAAAAGAUAAAUUCCUUAGUUUGAAUUAAAAUAUGUUAAAACAAAUUUCUUGUUGCGUAACGUUAAUUUACAAAAUGCCUAAUCGUGAAUCUGUACAAACUUUCAGCCGCGCAAAUAUUUGUUGCGGAUAGAUAUUGUGUGUGCAAAAGAUAUAGAUAAAAUAAUUAAAAAUUACAAGCCUAAUAAUAAUGAUAGUCCAAGUGCGAUAAUAUAUAAAUGUUAUAUAAAUGUUAUAUAAAUAUAUAAGUAGAAAAGAGUGUAAUAUAACGAUAACGAACAUGGAUUCUAUCUCUGUUAUCUCGUGGCAUUAAUUAUUGUCGAUUAAUGUCCACUAUAAUAAUUGUUAUAUUAAAAGGAUAAUGAUAGAGCGAUUGUAGUUUUUCGCAAUGAACAUGAUAUGAUAUAUUACUUUUUGUCGCAAUAUAUAACUUUUCUUCUUGUAUUUAGUCUAUCCGGCAAUAAUGUAAUAUACCUAGUUCUAAUUGUUACUAUUUGCGUGGAACUACAAUUUUAAUCGCUCGUUUUGUGUGAUAAAGAAAUUGGCGUACAAGAUAAAAUUAUUUUCCUAUUUCGAAAGACGAGCGUUUCGUUAAAAUGUAUAGCUAUAUUUAUAAAUUAGAGUCUGUACAAGACCGUAUUUUAUCGCGGUAUACAUGAAAUAUAAAUUUCUUUUUUUUUGGGGUUUUAUUUUAUAUAUCGAGUAUUCGAAUCAUUGUUAUGUCGAAUCCCAUUUUUAAUCAUUCAUUUAUCUUGGGAUAUAAAGAAUCAUUUAUUAAAAGAUGAAUAUACGUUAUUUUAUUAUUGCGAAUAUUGCCCAAGGACGAACAUUUUAUUAGAAUGUAUAAUAUUUUUACGAAAUAGCUCGGAUUAACUUGGCGGUAUCCAAUGAUAAUACAUUCAUAUUCAAAUAUGAAAUGUUUUAUCUUACAAGGAAGUCAUACUUAGCGAUAAGAGGGUAUCUAACUGCGAGUAUAAAGCUCUUUAAAACUUCUAAGAUCACCUUGUGUGCCAUUAAUACGAUGUUUAAUAUUGCUUUUUCAAUAUUAUAUGAGCGAAUAGCGUUCUAUAUUUUGCAAUCGAUCGAUAUCAAAAUCAAUGGCUAUUUUUUAAAUCACCCAGACACAUUUUAAAAUAUCCGCCUUUGAACCGACAAAUAAAUUGUCUUCCAAGCGAUAUUUCUUCAUUAUAUUUUUUAAGCCAUUUAUUGUUCUCAUAAGAUGGUUCUAUUUUAUAAAUAAAAUGUUUAAACAAU